AUGCACAAUCAAGAUAUUGUUGGCGUGUGCUUGCUAGCUUUUGUUUCGUGUUCAGUAGCAUCUAUUACUAAAGCGCCAUCGACGAGUGCAGCAACUGAAUCACCUUCUGCUACUAUUAAUCCACUACUACGAAAGGCUUUGUUGAAAGCAUUGAGCAAUUACGACGCAGAAGAUAGCACAGAAGCAUUAGAUGAAGAAACAACAACGGCAAGCGGUGAAGAGACAGAAGAAUCAACGAGUGAUUCAUCGUCGCUUAUUAAGAUUCAUACGUUUGCAAUUGACGGCGAUAAAUCUGAAGAAAAUGAAGUUAUUAAAACAAUUAUCAUCAGUCGUCCUCGAACAACGCUUACACCUCCGAAUGAUCCUUCAAAUGAUAUAAGUGAUCGACAAGAUCGCAUUCAAAUAAACUUCAAUAAAUCUCUCGACCCCAUCGGUGCCGAGGGUUUGGCUGAAAGUGAUCAAAACAAUAUUCAAUCGGCAAGAAGCGUUGAAACACAAAAUUCAUUGAACAGUGAAAAGAAGGAAGAAAAACCAAAGAAAAAAGCAUCAGAAAAGUCAGUGACUAAGCCUAUCACGCCUCAAACUUCAACAACAACGACCACUUUACCGCCUCCUGUCACGAAUGCUGAUGGUGAAAACAUCGAGAAAGUUGCAAAGGAAGACAUAAAAAUCUCUCAAGCGCCGCUUCUUGCUGCGUUCACAGUUCAGCAAGAUGUUAAUGGAAAGCCUGAAAAAGUAAUUUCAUUGUUUAAAAAUCCACAACAAUCUGUUGAUAAUUCAAAGAGAAUCAUCAAUAUGGAGUUCAAACCAUCACAACAAAUUCCAUCAGUACCACCAACUGUUGCCCCAGCUACAACGAUUCAAGCUCCAUUGAUUGGAAGUUCAAACCAACAAUUGUUAAAUGUUUUCGAACAGAAGCAAAGACAGCUCGAGGAACAAAUAAGAUUCUUACAAGCUCGUCAACGUGAACAAGAAGAAAUUAUUCGUCGUCAUCAUUUGUUGCAAGAACAACAAAAUCGUCAGAAUUUAAUUGAACAACAGAGAAAUAGAUUCGAAGAACAGCGAUUGAGAUUUCUCGAAGAACAAAGACAACGUCAAAGAUUCGAACAAGAACAAAAUUUCUUGUUGAGACAACAACAACAACAAGCACAAGCUCAACCACUUCAAGCACCACAAUCACCGAAUGUUCAAUUCAUUCCAAGCAUUCCACUUGGUCAUACUGUCGGCAUUUCUGUUGAACAACAGUUGCCUUUCAAAGGACCAUCGGAAUUUAAUCCCGACAGACCUGAACUGCAAAAACAAUUUUCACAACAGCAGCAACAACAAUUUCAGUUGAGACAAUUUCAACAGCAGCAAUUCCAGCAACAACAGCGUAACGCUGGUUUUAAUCAACAACAACAGUCAAAUGCGCAACCUUUGAUUCAGAAGCAUGAAGUUCAACAAUUGAAUGAUGUGUCACGUUUGCCUACAAAUCUUGAGCUUCCCGUACGACAGCCGCAAAACUUUGCACAAUUUACGCCCCUCCCAGGAAAUCUUGAGCUUCCUCAGAAGCAAUUUCAAACGUUCAACUCUGCACCUUUAUCAGUGUUGCCUUCAAUCACGGAUGUAGCACCACAAAGUCCAUCACGUACUCGGGUCUUCCGUAAUGAUGCAUCACAGACUGGCAACUUUGGAAAUUUCCAAAUACAGCAGCAACAACUCAACCCGGUCGAUUCGUCAUUGGAUAGGCAACUUCAAGACUUCUUCCUUCAGUCGGGAAUAAAUACGCGAUCAGCUGAAGAUUUCAGAAUCAUUUCGAAAGUUCUUGCACUUAAUCAUGGCGUUCCCAAUAAUCUUUUAUUCACAAAUACUGGAAGAUUCAAAUAA